CUCUUCCUUUCUUAUAAAAUCACCAAUAAGCUCAAACUCAAUCAAGUAGGAACAUCAAUUCAGUAAGAAUAAGAAUGGCGUCUCUUCCACGUUACCUUUUCAUCUCUCUUCUUCUUCUUCAUUCCAUUCUCUUCUCCAUUGUCAAAUGUGAUGACGAGGAAGACAACCUUCUUCGAGGUAUUAACAGCUACAGGGCAUCCCUAAAUCUGACAGCUCUACGCGAGAAUGACAAAGCAAAGUGCCUUGCCGAUGAAAUGGCUGACCAGUUUAAAGACCAACCAUGUACAAAUACAACAGGUGCCAAUACUGUACCUGGCACCGAACCUCAGUUCUCUGACUAUCCUAAACUCCUUUCUAAAUGCGACUUGAACGCCACAACCACAAGGGACGGAAUGAUAAUGCCAGCUUGCGUUCCCAACCUUGUCUCUGACCUCGUUCUUUCCAACUACACGAAGUCUCAGUACUCUAAGUAUCUCAAUGAUACCAAGUUUAGUGGUGUUGGAAUUGGUUCCGAUGAUAACUGGGUAGUUGUAGUUUUGACCACAAACAACCCAGAGGGAAGCUUUACGCCCGAUACGAGUUCAGCAAACCUAAUCUUUGGGCUUGGUCUAAUAUCUCAUGCAGUGUUUAUAGUUGUGGCAUUUGUCCUCUUACUGUGAAAAUGUUGAACCUUUACACACAUUGUUUUUUCCCUUCCUGGGUACCUGAUUUUGUUGUUUGUAAGUGAUUUCUUAAUUGUGAUAUUCUAAUUGAAAGAGGAAGAUUAUCAGCUAUUAUUCAUUUAUUCCUGUGAGAAUGUACCUUAAAAGCUGUGCCACAAACACAUUCCCUUGUCUCAGUUAUUUUCUUGUAUUGUACUUUGAAAUGUUGCACCUUUCAUUCUC